CGAUCCCGGCGGCUGCGGGCGGGACUUGGAGCCCGGAGACCCGAGCGAGCAGACGCGGCCACGGUGCCCGGCCGCCCAGCCUGUUCACCAUGGCGAUGCAUUUCAUCUUCUCAGAUGAGGUAGUGCUUCUCUUUGAUUUCUGGAGUGUCCACAGUCCUGCAGGCAUGGCCCUUUCGGUGUUGGUCAUCUUGCUCCUGGCUGUGUUGUAUGAAGGCAUCAAGGUUGGCAAAGCCAGGCUGCUCCACCAGGCCCUGAUGAGCCUGUCCAUCUCCACCAGCCAGCAGCUCAUCGAAGAGACAGACCAGAAUUCUUCAAGCUCAGACCCCCCCCCAGUCAGCAGAACCCACCUCAGGUGGUUCUUGUGUCACUUCGGCCAGUCUCUACUUCAUGUCGCUCAGGUGGUCAUCGGCUACUUCGUGAUGCUGGCUGUUAUGUCCUACAACACCUGGAUUUUCUUCGGCGUGGUCCUGGGCUCAGGUGUGGGCUACUACCUAGCCUAUCCACUUCUCAGCAUGACUUAGCUGGUGACAGCUGUGCAGGCUCUGGGGGCUGGAGAGAGCUGGGGCCCCUCCUUCCAGACAUUGAACUUCCAGCCCCACGUCUCCUUUUUCUUCUGUUGGCUGUUCUCACGGCAUCCCCAGCUCCUGGACACUUUCAGCUGAAGCCAGCACUUGCUCCCUGGAGUUCAGGGGCCACUGCAGCUCCUCAGCCAGGCUGCAGAGGGCCCAGGCAUAGUCUUUCUGUGCCUUAAGAAGGGUGCUGUGAGCAGAGGGUGGAUGGAGAGACCAGAACCCAGGGGGCAGGUUUCAUGAUGAUGGCAGCAUCUGCUGGGAGCUGUCUCCCUUUCUUGGGGAGAGAGUGACAGCAGACUAAAGGCAGAGAAGCAGGACUGUCAGCAAGGCUUUGACCUAUCCUCCAAACAGAGUGAGCUCCUCCCAUCAGACAGCACUGCCUGCAGGAAGAUGAUACUUUAAUGGCUUUAGGUGUCAGGGGGCUCUUCAUGGCCUUAAUGCCCCCCUCUUCUCCUGAUCCUCCUUCUAUGCAAAACCAAGAACUGCACUGAAUAAUAUUCAAUACAAAUGUUCUUUAUUUAUUAUUGCUCACCCAUAAUGAUCUGGUAGGGAAACAUGAUUCAUCCAUUUAAAAUACUGAGUAAGCCACAGUGGGUACUGACUGAAGAUGCAAUAAGCAGUCAAACCAAAGGAUUACACUAGUAGAGUUAGGUGGGGCUCUUCAGAUAUUUGAACCUUUUCACUUUAAAGAAAAGGAAAGAAUAGACCCAGGGAGAGAAAAAUCACUGCUGUAUACUGUAAUGUCUACACUCAAGUACCUCAUGGGCUAGAUGAAAGAUGGUCUGAAGCUUUGAGAAUUUAAAAAAUAUAUUUUAAUAAAUAUAUAUUUUUAAAUAG